AUGCGCCUCUACAAACGGAGUAAGGAGCCCCUCAACAAAUCUACACCGAAGGCAAAACCUGCUGCCGGUAAAGAUGGGACGGCAGCGGCCAAGGUCAAAACAAGUGUGAAUUGUACACUUGCCACAAGAGUUUCUACAACAGUGGUCCAAGAAAAGCAACAAAUCAGAGUAGUAGAAAUCCGUAUUGCUGGACCACAUUCUUCCAGUAAAUUUUCACCCACUAAACGGGCCAAAUUCAACUCAAUCAUUAGAGCUGCCAACAUACCGUGCCGUGAGUUUAUUCUCCAGUUGAACAAACAGGCGUCAAAAUGCAACUAUGUUGACCGAGUGGAAGAACAACUUUGUGACCGUCUCAUUGCUGGAAUCAACGACAUCUCAUUACAACUUAAGAUGUUGGAAAAGAAAGAUAUCACGUUUACAGAGGCUCGAAAAGUCCGUGAGCAAAUUGAUGAUUUCUAUGCUGCCACAAAUGCGGAUAAACCUGCGUUAUUCCAUCGGCAAUCAACGUAA